AUGGUUCUUAAAACUUUUAAGUUGGAUCGAAAACAGCAUAUUUCUGCUACUGCACUAACCCCAGAAGCAUUUGCACCAUAUGGAGGUGUCAUUAGUGCAGAUCAUCAACUACAAAAUGUCCAGAAAUCAGAAGCAAAUUACGGAACGGCUAUUAAGUUGCAUAAGGUGGCUCCGAUAGUUAACAAUUUUCAUAACUCAACUAGUGGCACCAAAGAAACGGCUAACUGGAAUAUUUUCAGGUGCACAGCACCAAAGCAUUUAAUAAAGCAUGGUGGUUCCAAAUCAGUGUAUUUAUCAAAGGUAUUGGAAAGACAUCCAUUUAGUACACAAACAUUUGUACCUAUGGGUCAAGAUAAAAGCAAAUUGUCUUAUUUGGUUAUUGUUGCUAAAACUAAUGAAUCAACAUCUCAGAAGUUGCCGGACCCUUCUCAAAUAAAGGCUUUCAUAUGUAAAGGAAAUCAAUCUAUCACAUAUGGAGCAGGAAUAUGGCAUGCGCCAAUGGUUGUGAUUGAUGAAACAAUUACACAUUUGGAUUUUGCUGUCUUGAUUCAUGAAAACGGUGUUGCUGAGGAAGAUUGUCAAGAGUGUUACUUUGAUCCAGGCUACAACAUUGAGUAUACAUUAGAAUCAUCAAAAUUAUAA